AUGGCCAACUUCGGAGGACACGCCAUUCCUGGCUCUUUUUUUCUUUUCUAUGGCUUUUGGCUGACAGUCAAACACAUCCUCCAUCACUACUGGAGGACGAACCAGCCCAAAGGGAGACAAGUAAAGCCUCCUUUCCUUAAAAAGAUGGAGUACUUUGAGGGAGGAUUACAAAUCUUUGCAUCGUUUGUUGGUAUGAUGGUUGAACAGUUUGUGGUAGAUGGCCCUCAUGCCCACCUCUAUGAUGCAUCAACACAGUCAUGGGUCAAACUCAUGAACUGGCAGCACUGCACAAUGUAUCUGUUCUUUGGGAUCUCUGGAAUAGCACUGGUUAUCAGUACGUCCUCCAAACUGGUGCCAGUUGGCGUUGACCGCCUUGCUCUGUCCCUGGCUCUCUUUGUGGAAGGGUUCCUGUUCUACUACCAUGUGCACAGUCGGCCUCCUCUGGAUGCUCAUAUCCACUCCCUGCUGCUGGUGGCUGUGUUUGGAGGAUCAGCCAGCACCAUGUUAGAGGUGUUCAUGAGAGAUAACAUUAUCCUGGAGCUGCUCGGUGCAUGUCUAUUCAUCCUGCAGGGCUCAUGGUUCUACCAGAUUGGAUUUGUACUUUACCCGUUACGAGGACCACAGUGGGAUUUGGAACAACAUGCCAACAUCAUGUUCGUCACAAUGUGCUUCUGCUGGCAUUUAGCCGUGGCCCUGCUGUUAGUCGCCAGCACUUCUUGUGUGGUUUGGUUUACGGUGAACAGAUUCGGGAAGAAAGGCAGAGACAUCGAGAUUGGAAUGAGAAAAACAUUAUCGGAAUCAAACUCCCAAAAAGCCCUGCUUGAAGAAUCAGAGGAAGAGUGAACGUUUGCUUCAGGAUAUGACUUUGUGUUCAUAUAAAUGCUAUGGUUCUGUGAAUAAUCACAAGUGAUGUACUAUGUCUUGUAGUUUUCAUUGUUUUGUAAAAAUAAAUAAAUGAAUAAAACCCAA